UUGGGUGUAUGUAGCAUGCCUCGCGGUCUGCUGAGCGAGGGUUCAUACACGUCGCUGGACCCAGUCUACAAGGGCACCACCGUGCCUAACAUUAAGGACGGUAGAAUAAAGAAAGUCCUAAAGAUGUCUAAGGCCAAGAAGAGAUUAAAUUUUAAUGAGAUAUUAUUCAGUCAGUUUGAUAAUAAUGAAGAAGCGGAAGUGAAUAUCCUCACGAAGGAAGAAAGCACCGAGAAAAUGCCCACAACCAGUGCUGAAGAAGCUGCUCUGCUCGGCGUGGCGCCGAUGGAGAGCAUGGACGACAUUGAACUGAAGAACAUUCAGCUGCAGUUCCCGUCCGCCCGCUGCUUCGGGGAAGCGGGCUGCACCGAGGUGCGCGUGCGCACCGACCGCGGGGACAUCCUCGUGGCCGUGCAGGGCGACCGCAACAAGCCCGCCAUCUUCACCUACCACGACCUUGGCCUAAACUACAUCUGCUUCCAGCCGUUCUUCAACUUCGUGGACAUGCGCGCCUUGCUCGAGAACUUCUGCGUGUACCACAUCAACGCGCCAGGGCAGGAGGAGGGCGCGCAGAGCUUGCCAGAAGACUACAUCUACCCGACUAUGGACGAGCUGGCUAAUCAGCUCAACUACGUGCAGGGCCACUUCCGCAUCAAGUCGUUCAUCGGGUUUGGCGUCGGCGCCGGCGCCAACAUCUUAGCGCGCUUCGCUCUGGCCUACCCGCAGAAGGUGGACGCUCUGGCUCUGAUCAACUGCACGUCCAACCAGUCGGGCUGGAUCGAGUGGGCCUACCAGAAGAUGAACACGCGCUCGCUGCGCGCCCGCGGCAUGACGCAGAACGUGCUGGACUAUCUCAUGUGGCACCACUUCGGCAAGUUCCCCGAGGAGCGAAACCACGACCUAGCGCAGAUGUACCGCAUGCACUUCAACCGCAACGUGAACCCGACCAACCUGUCGCUGUUUAUUGACUCUUACCUGCACCGCACCGACCUCGGCAUCGCGCGCGACGCUGAGACCAUCAAAGCGCCCGUGCUGAACAUCACUGGAGCCCUGUCGCCUCAUGUAGAGGAUACGGUGACGUUCAAUGGGCGGCUACACCCUAACAACUCCACCUGGAUGAAGAUAUCCGACUGCGGCAUGGUUCUCGAAGAGCAGCCGGGCAAGAUCUCCGAGGCUUUCCGUCUGUUCCUGCAGGGCGAGGGCUACGGCGUUGUGCAACUGCAAAAAAUAAGCACGCCCUGCCAUAGAGAAUCCCAGCCGGGAGCUGUGACCGUCUAGAGCUUUCGUAGAAACAUGGCGCCGCUCUCGCCGACCAAGAUCGUGUUGUUCCGCCGCCUGUCGGACGCCGAGCGCCGCCGCCCCUGCCGCCACUCGCCCGUCAUCCGCAUCACCGAGAACCCCAUCUCGGAGGCCAUCGUUUGCUAAACACCUAAC